CGAGCUGGCACAGCCCGCAGUCUGCACUGCGGGGCCGGCGCCAGCAUGGACGGAAUGGACGUGUGGGUCAGCACCUUAGCCCAGCUGAUGGCCAAGAGGAAGCCAGAGGACACCUGGGAGCUGGUCCUUGAGGAGAACCUGUCCUCGGGGCAUCUGGACAGUGGCAGUUACGAGUACCGGCUGAGGGGGCUUUCCAGGCUCCAGUGCAACCGCUGCCAGUGGGGCUGGUCCUCUGCCCACGUGCACAUCCUAUUCCAUGUGCGAUGGGACAAGGACCGCCACCUGGGGCUGGUGAAGAUGCGUAUCUGGGCCCAGGCGUGCCAGCUGUGCCCGCCGGACGCCCGGGGAGACUGCCAGGUGAGCCUGCUGAACGUGCGGCUCUUCCUCAACAAGCUGGUCCUGUUCGUCCUGCAGCAGUGCUACCAGGAGAGCAUCAGCUCCGACGAGUGCCCCGAGGUCUGCUUUGGGGACCACUGUGAAGCCUGCGACCUGGGUGUCUGCUUCUUCCAGAAGCCCCCAGACCCCGCCUGGGGGCCCGAGACCAGGAGCCCCAGCACCGUCCAGGCCAUGCCAGCCCUGGGCAGCGGCCCUGUGGCCAAUUGCGCCUGGGGCUUCGUCCUCCCCUCUGUGUCCGACCCCCUCUCUGAGAGCAGCCACUUCUUUAGCGAGGACAUGGACAUCAUCACCGUGCCCUUCACCCUGGUGAGCGUGGGCAGGGACAAGGGCUCUGUUGGCCCUGGAGAGGGCACCCCCGGCGAGGCUGGUCUCCAGGGGCUGAUGAUCAUCGACAGGGGCUCCGCCGACCAGCCUGCCAGUCUCAGGGCCUUGCCCACCAGCAUGAGCAUCCUGGUCAACAUCAAGGCCCCCGUCCUCCACGGCAGAGACCACCUGCUCAGGAGCAUCAAGUCCUCCCAGGUCAGAGGCUUCAUCUUCAAGGGCUUUGGCUCCCUUUUGGGCCAAGACAAGGGCCCGGGCGCCGAUCCCAGCAGCAACAGUGGACCCACUGGAGAUGCCACCCUGCCCGUGGCCUAUGUCUUGGGCCUCACAGAGAAGGGCGAGGGCUCCAUCACCUUUCCCUUGUCCUUGGCCAACAUCAUCCAGGGCCCGGACUCCCUCCCUGACCUCAACGGCUCCCUGACUUUCCCUUUCAUCAUCACCGACCAGGGCAAGGGUGGGGCAGAGUGUGGCCACGACCCUGCCCUCAGCCCCGGCUCCUCGGGGAGCAGGGGUUCCCUCAUCAUCCCCUUCUCAGCCUUUAGUCCCAUAAAGCUUGGAGGCCUGCAGGGCAGCAGCCACCACAGGAGCGGGCACUGCGACAGGCACAGGCGCCGCCGGGCCCGGAGGCCUCGGGCCCGCAGGGAGGAGGACUUCUUGGAGGAGGAGGACGGCUGGUGCUGGCCGAGUUUCGACCCCUACGAAGAGGUCUGGGUCUGGAUGUGCAUGAUCUUCUUCGUCCUCUGGACACUGUACCUGUGCACUUCUUGACGGCUCCCAGACGCGUGUCUGAGCGUGCCACCUCCCGCCCGGGUCCCCCACCCGUCUCUCCCUCCGCAGGGCUGCCCAGACGCAAAGCCAAGUGCUGCUGGCCCCCCAGCCCCCAGGCUCCCCACCAGCCCCGCCCCCAUUCUGCCAGCCCCCCUGAGCUGGGGCCUCCCAGCGCGCACAGCUGCUCCCUGGACCUCUUGCUUCUGUGUUCUCUCUCUUGACGUGACUCAAGCAGUGGUCCCGUGAUGUCCACGUGUGAUGUCCGCGUGUGAUCAUUCCCCGGUGUGACCCCCAGCUGCCCCUGUGUGUUCACUUGUGUGUGUUACACUCCGUUAAAAUAAAAGUCAAAAAGAGA